ACACACACACACUCACACACACACACACUCACACUGAACAUCUUGAGUAGUUUAGAGCGAGUCCAGCAUUAGAGGAGAGAAAGCAGAGGAGGCGUGUGUGUGUCUGUGUGUGUGCAGUGAGAGUAAAAGCACAGGGACUUCUUCUUCUUCUCUCUGUUUUUUGUUCGAGUGGUGGCGGCUGUGUGUGUGUGUGUGUGAGGCAGAGGAGCACAUGUGUGUCUGCUGUUGAAGGAGACGCUGCUGGGUGUGAUGGCUCUUUCGCGUUAGUACUUGUGCGGACAGGAGAGUUGGAGGCAGUUGUUUUGUGGGACUCGCAGGGAAUGGCAAACUCGGCGGUAUCCCUGGAAACAUCCGACUAAUGACAAUGGCUGAGCCUCAUCAGCUUCAUUAGCUUCACGAGGGUCCAUCCGUGAGAGGAUGAGGGGCGGGUGGGGUAUCUGUGUGUAUCUGCUCCAGCCUUUUACCCCCUUCAGCGUCUCCUUGAGCUGCGAUCCGCCCCUCGUGGCCCCCGUCCUGCCCCCCUAACACACACACACCGCCCCGUGCUCUGCGCUGCCACCAAAAGGCUUGUGAGGAUUUGUCAGCCAGAUGUGACAAGAUUGUCAAGAGGCGGCGAGGAGAGAGGGAGAUCUGAUAUUAAUCAGAGCGUAGCUGGGAGCCAAACUCCCUCAGACUCGGUGUACUAACAUGUUCCCCUCAUUUACUCGCUCUGCGAGCCAAACACUCCCUACGAGUUCCUAACGGGGAGCCACGAGCUCCAGGAAGCCAACCAAACUUUGGCUCGCCUCCUUCUCCUUCAUCUCUUUGUCUGCAAAGAGGCCGCUCUUCUCCUCCUCUCAUGGAUCUGCAGGCUAUCUGCUGCACUUUGGUGAACUGUAACUGUGACAGCUUCAAGCCGGGGAAGCUGAAGAGGAGGCAGUGUGAAAACUGCAAGCAUGGCUGGGUGGCUCACGCCCUGAGCAAGCUGAAGGUGCACCACAUGUACCAGAGCAGCCAGGUGGAGAUCGUCCACUCCAAUGUGGUGUUCGACAUCUGCAGCCUGAUGCUGUACGGCACGCAGGCCAUCCCCAUCCGCCUCAAGAUCCUCCUGGACCGCCUGUUCUCCGUCCUGAAGCAGGAGGAGGUGAUCCAGAUCCUGAACGCGCUCGACUGGACGCUGCAGGACUACAUACGAGGAUACGUGCUGCAGGAUGUCGCGGGGAAGGUGUUGGACCGCUGGGCGAUCAUGACGUUCGAGGAGGAGAUCGCCACGCUGCAGCAGUUCCUGCGUUUCGGGGAGACCAAAUCCAUCGUGGAGCUGAUGGCUCUGCAGGACAAAGAGGGCCAGGCAGUGCUGGUACCCAGCACCCGCACCAACUCCGACAUCCGCACGUUCAUCGAGCGAAACACCCCCCGCACGGCUGCCAACCUCUCCGCGUCCAAGGCCGAUAAGCUGAGCGGCAACAGCAUGCACCACUUCGAGAACUUCAUCAACAGCAUGGCCUUCAUGCUGCCGUUCCAGCUGCUCGGCUCUGUCCCGGCGCCGUUCCUGGGCUCGCACACGGGGGCGAUGCAACAGCAGCACCAGCAACAUCAGCAGCACCAGCCGCUGUGCCGCGGGCCGAUGGAGCAGCAGGGUCAGCGGCAGGACGUUCAGGGGCGGGACGGCCUGCUCAGGGACAAUCACCCCUCUCUGUCGCACCCGUCGGAGAGCACGCUGCUCAGCUCCGGCGCCAUCUCGUUCUCAGCUGACCUCGACCGAAGUGGAGACAAGCCGACGGACGGCCUCUCCGCCAGCACGAAGAUCGAGGCCGAGGACUUCUCCACCAGUGACAAUUACUCAGACGGGCCCUCCACACCGUGCACGCCGUCCAUCAGCUCCGACGUGACCCAGAUGUCACCGGAGAGCAAACUGCGCUCAUUGGACAGAAACGGGAGCGGCGGUGGCGUCUCGGGAGGCAUCGCCGGAGGAGGCUCUCUGAAGAAGGGUCGUGUGUUUUGCAACGCCUGCGAGAAGACGUUCUAUGACAAAGGCACGCUGAAAAUCCACUACAACGCAGUGCACCUCAAGAUCAAGCACAAGUGCACCAUCGAGGGCUGCAACAUGGUGUUCAGCUCGCUGCGCAGCCGCAAUCGCCACAGUGCCAACCCAAACCCACGCCUCCAUAUGCCCAUGAACCGCAACAACCGGGACAAAGACCUGCGGAGCAACUUGUCCGCUGACGAGAGCUCUGAAGGAGAGAAGAGGCCUGAAUACGGCACCCCCAUCUCCAUCUGCUCUGCAGAGAGCCAAAAAUCGGUGUCCAGCUACAUGGUGAGCCACAUGGACUCUGGCUCCAAGCUCCACAGCAGCUCGUUCCCCAGCAUGGGCCAAAGCGGCAUCCUCUUCCCCAACUUGAAAACAGUCCAGCCAGUCCUGCCUUUCUACAGAAGCCUGGUAACCCCGGCUGAGCUCGCCAACACCCCGGGAACGCUGCCCUCGCUUCCUCUGCUGUCCUCCUCUGUGCCCGUCAAACCCCUCACAGCCCCCGAGCCCUGCACGACUGACCCGAUACCAAAGAAAAAGUCUCGCAAGUCCAGCAUGCCAAUAAAGAUAGAAAAGGAGAUGGUGGAGCGAGAUGAGCAGGAUAAGGAGAGCAGCUCCGAGGAUGAGGCUCCCUUACACGGCAGGGACAAGGACGAGUGCGACGGUAACGAAGAGGAAGGACGUCUGUGCACAAGACAAGCUGGGGAGGAGAAGGAAGCCAGAGACGCGUACCAGGGCAAAGACAUGGAGAGAGAAUGGACAGAGAGGGAGGACAAAGACGACGGCUCGAGAGUGGCCGAGACCGGCGUCAUCACCUGCGCGUCCUCCCCCUUCGAAAACAGGCUGAUGGACAAUCACUGUGACGACAGCUCGCUCUGCCAGGACCCAGAGAGGGAGGACCGCGAGCACGCCCUCAACAAGAUGUCAGAACUCAAGUGGGACGACGGCGAGCACAGGCUGGCGAAUGGCGGCGGCCCCCAGCUCAUAGAGAGGGAGGCGUCCGAUGGCUGCGGAGAUGACUACGGAGGGUUAUCUCACCUCGAUCCCGACGCCGUCCUGCCGCACCACUGUGAGAUCUGCAGCAAGAACUUCAAAAACCCCUACAGCGUCAAGAUGCACUACCAAAACGUCCACCUGAAGGAGAUGCACAUGUGCACGGUGGACGGCUGCAACGCCGCCUUCCCCUCCCGCAGGAGCAGAGACAGACACAGCGCCAACCUGAACCUGCACCACAAGCUGCUGACCAAAGACUCCUUCAGCCCGGCCAACGCCCUCUACUCUCACGCCUCCCUUUGUCGAGACAGAGACUCUGCCGGGCUGGAGUACUGCCAAGAGCAGCGGGACCGAGACCCGCCCCACCGGGAUCCGAGCGGCCAGACCUCCGUCAUCUUCCGAGGGCACAACCGCAUGGGUCUGGUCUUCCCGAUGAGCAAAAUGUCCACGGCUCUGGACAGCGCCGAGGCGUCUCCGGUGGGAGAGACUCAGGGAUUGGGAGGUGGGGAAGGCGGCGUAAGCGGGGAGGAUGGGGCAGUCCUGGACCUGAGCACCUCAUCCUCUGCCCCGCCUCGUGGCAGCGCUCAGUCUUCCUGGGACUCAGACGGAGCCGGCAGCGAGGAAGGGGAGGGGGCCGAGGAAGACGAGGAGGAGGCGCUCCCCGUGGAGGACAGCGAUGAAAGCUGCGAUGGGAUCGGCGUGGGCAGGCCCGGGGGCGACGAGCUUGCACUCGAAGGGGGGAGGACCCUGGGCUGUGGCGAGGGAGGACAAGGAGGGCUUCAGGGAGGUGGGGGUGGAUCUCCAAUAACGUGCCACGUCUGCCAAAAGGUCUACAGCAACAAGGGCACAUUCAGAGCCCAUUACAAGACUGUCCAUCUGAGACUUCUUCACAAGUGUAAAGUCCCCGGCUGCGACACGUCGUUCUCCUCCGUGCGGAGCAGGAACAGGCACAGCCAGAACCCGAACCUCCACAGGAACCUGGCUGUUAGCUCGGGUUCCCCCAUGGAACAGGAGUAGACCUCAAAGGCCAACGUUUACUUUGUCCAAGUUGUUCUUUUGUUGUUUUUCCUGGGCGCGUAAUAAAGAAGGCUCACCCGUUAGCACUUUGGAAACAUCACGCCGUCAUUCAUCCGUUACUGUAGGCGAGAAAGGGACGAGCAGAGAGGAAACCAAAUUCCUUUAAAACAACCAAAACCUGCGCAGGUCAGCCAGUUGGUUUCGGCGUCGUGCUGAUUUAUUUUGGUUUUCCUUUGAGCCCUUUAAAAAAACAUCCGUGUGGACUAAAGUUUUCCUUGUGUUGUCGAAUCCUGCAAGUGUUUUUUCUCUUCCAGUGUUUCUGUCGUCGGACGUCCACGUCUGCCCCGUGAAGCCGUAGUGAAGUAACUCCUACACUCGUCGUUUCACUCGUCCCAGCAAAACAGUCUCUGUUGAAAAGCUAUUGUGUUGUGAGGUAGAACAAUAAGUUAUUGUACGGUGUUUCUAUGAUCUGUCUUCACUGUUCUCUUUGUUGCAAACUGCUAAUGUUGACCAAAGAUUUCUUCUCAGUUCACAGUUUUGUGUGUG